UUAUAUUCUGACAGUGAACCUGUGGUGACCUUAUAAAAGGAUCAAAAAGAGGGAGGAGGAAAACUGAGUGAAAAGUAGAACAGAGAAGAGGAAGUAAAGAGAUUUUCUUGUGAAACCUUCUAGUAGAAGAAGUUCUUGGGACAAAGUUCUUGAUCCAGGCAUAAAGGAAAGAAAAGCUUUGCCAUACAUUGAAGAAGGGACGGGGAUCUCUCCUCCUAAUCUGGGCCUCCUGUCAUGGAUGAAGAGACUCGGCACAGCCUUGAGUGCAUCCAGGCCAAUCAGAUCUUUCCCAGGAAGCAGCUGAUCCGGGAGGAUGAGAAUCUUCAGGUUCCUUUCCUUGAACUUCAUGGAGAAAGCACAGAGUAUGUGGGCCGUGCUGAGGAUGCCAUCAUUGCCCUUUCUAAUUACAGACUUCAUAUCAAGUUCAAGGAGUCUCUUGUUAAUGUUCCAUUACAGCUUAUAGAAAGUGUUGAAUGCCGAGAUAUAUUUCAGCUUCAUUUGACUUGCAAAGACUGCAAAGUUAUCAGGUGUCAGUUUUCAACUUUUGAGCAAUGUCAAGAGUGGCUUAAGAGGCUGAACAAUGCAAUCCGACCACCUGCUAAAAUAGAAGAUCUCUUCUCAUUUGCAUAUCAUGCUUGGUGCAUGGAGGUUUAUGCCAGUGAAAAAGAGCAACACGGAGACCUGUGCAGACCAGGGGAACAUGUAACAUCAAGGUUUAAAAAUGAAGUGGAGCGGAUGGGUUUUGAUAUGAUCAAUGCCUGGAGGAUUUCCAACAUCAAUGAGAAGUACAAGCUGUGUGGUAGCUAUCCUCAGGAACUCAUAGUGCCUGCCUGGAUCACUGACAAAGAACUGGAAAGUGUAGCAGGCUUCAGGUCCUGGAAGCGCAUCCCUGCCGUCAUCUACAGGCACCAGAGCAAUGGAGCUGUCAUUGCCCGCUGCGGGCAGCCGGAGGUCAGCUGGUGGGGCUGGCGAAAUGCUGAUGAUGAGCACCUGGUGCAGUCAGUAGCCAAAGCUUGUGCCUCCAACUCCCGAUCGAGUGGCAGCAAGCUGUCAACUAGGAACAGUUCUCGAGACUUUCCCAAUGCAGGAGACCUUUCUGAUGUGGAGUUUGAUUCUUCUCUGUCACAUGCUUCAGGAGCAGAGAGUUUAGCCAUCCAACCUCAGAAGCUCUUGAUUUUGGAUGCACGUUCCUAUGCUGCGGCUGUUGCAAACAGAGCCAAAGGAGGAGGCUGUGAAUGCCCAGAGUAUUACCCCAACUGUGAAGUUGUGUUUAUGGGGAUGGCAAAUAUUCAUUCAAUCCGGAGGAGUUUUCAGUCUCUGCGGUUGCUGUGCACACAGAUGCCAGAUCCGGGAAAUUGGCUCUCAGCUCUUGAAAGUACAAAAUGGCUCCAUCACCUGUCUGUGCUUUUGAAGUCGGCACUUUUGGUAGUGCAUGCUGUGGAUCGUGAUCAGCGACCAGUGCUAGUGCACUGCUCAGAUGGCUGGGACCGCACCCCCCAGAUUGUGGCAUUGGCUAAGCUCUUGCUGGACCCUUAUUACCGAACCAUAGAGGGUUUCCAGGUCCUCGUGGAGAUGGAGUGGCUGGAUUUUGGUCACAAGUUUGCUGAUCGGUGUGGUCACGGGGAGAACUCUGAUGAUCUCAACGAGCGUUGCCCAGUGUUUCUGCAGUGGCUUGACUGUGUUCAUCAGCUUCAGAGGCAAUUUCCUUGCUCUUUUGAGUUCAAUGAAGCAUUCCUUGUGAAACUGGUGCAACAUACCUAUUCCUGCCUCUUUGGAACAUUCCUGUGCAACAACGCCAAGGAGAGAGGGGAAAAGCAUACUCAGGAACGGACAUGCUCCGUGUGGUCGCUGCUUCGGGCAGGCAACAAGGCUUUCAAAAACCUACUGUAUUCCUCUCAGUCAGAAGCCGUGCUGUACCCUGUGUGCCAUGUGCGUAACCUGAUGCUGUGGAGUGCAGUGUACCUGCCCUGCCCAUCCCCGUCCACCCCUGUGGAUGACAGCUGUGCACCAUACCCAGCCCCUGGCAACAGCCCUGAUGAUCCACUCCUGAGCCGGCUACCAAAGACUAGAUCAUUUGACAAUCUGACCACAGCCUGCGACAACACGGUGCCUCUAGCCAGCCGGCGCAGUAGCGACCCAAGCCUGAAUGAGAAGUGGCAGGAGCACCAGCACAGGCGCUCCCUGGAGUUAAGCAGCCUGGCUGGUCCUGGAGAGGAGCCUCUUGAUCCCGACAGCCUGGGCAAGCCAACCAAAGUGCUGGGAGGCGCAGAACUAUCUGUUGCAGCUGGAGUGGCUGAGGGGCAGAUGGAGAACAUUUUGCAAGAGGCCACCAAAGAGGAGAGUGGGGCAGAGGAGACUGUCCAGAGGGGGAGCGUCCUGAUGCAGGAGGGCACAGAGGAGGCUCUCGUAGAAAAGGAAAGCAGGGGGAAGGCCCCUGAGGACUCAGCCAUUGUCCUUCAUCAAGCACCACCACUGGAUCCUGCUGUUCUGAGGAGCCCUCCAGGCAUCAGCCUUCCUCUCUCCUCACAGGGUCUCCCUGACCAGCAGGGCGGGCACAGUGUUCUUCCCAGCUCUCUCCAGGAGCCCCCCAUGGGAGAGGAGGUACUGGAGGUCCCUGUAGAACAGCCUCAAAUAGGAGAUAUCGCAGAGGAGAGGGAGGAAGCAAUGACUACAAUCCCAGUUGAUGAAAAAAUUGGUUAUGGUACCUCACAGUCAAGUCCUCCGCUGCUCUCCCAAGUCCCAUUUGAGGGCAGAGGACCAAACAUAGACAGCUCUUUGGACAUGUUAAUGGAAGAUAAAGUGAAGUCGGAAAGUGGGCCUCCUCAUAGACCUUGCCUGGUAAACAGCGGCAGGCUCAGUGGCAAGGACGUGCUUCAAGCUGUGGAACCCAGGCCCCCAGAGAAGAGCCUGGCCGAGAGGCCCCAAGCGGGAUCUGUGGUGCAGAGGACUUCCCCUGGCAGCACCCACAGCCCAGCACGCUCUCCUUGUGCCUUGCCUGUAGCUGAAUGUAAAGAGGGACUUGUGUGCAACGGUGUCCCAGAGACUGAAAAUAAGGCCUCCGAGCAGCCCCCAGGGCUUAGCACCCUCCAGGAGUACCCCACCCCCAACGGGCAUUGCGCCAAUGGGGAGGCUGGUAGGAGCAAGGACUCACUGAGCUGCCAGCUCUCUGCUAUAAGCUGCAGCUCUGCCCACUUACACUCGAGGAACUUGCACCACAAGUGGCUACACAGCCAGACAGGGAGGCCAUCUGCAACUGGCAGCCCUGACCAGCCUUCUCGCAGCCACCUGGACGAUGACGGCAUGCCUGUGUAUACGGACACUAUCCAACAGCGCCUACGUCAGAUUGAAUCAGGCCACCAACAGGAAGUGGAGACCUUGAAGAAACAAGUCCAGGAACUGAGGAGUCGCCUGGAGAGCCAGUAUCUGACCAGCUCUCUACGCUUCAAUGGGGACUUUGGGGAUGAAGUGAGUCCUUCAGAGAAAGGAGGACAGGCCCAAAGCACUCAGUUUCAACACACAGAUACUUCAAUCCCCGACUCGGAAAGCAAUCUGGAUCAGAACUCUUUGUCUCGCUGCAGCACAGAGAUUUUCUCUGAAGCCAGCUGGGAGCAGGUGGAUAAACAGGACACGGAGAUGACCCGUUGGCUCCCUGACCACCUGGCUGCCCACUGCUAUGCGUGUGACAGCGCCUUCUGGCUCGCCAGCAGGAAACACCACUGCAGGGACACUGACCGUGUUGAUCAAACGUGGAAUUGUGGGAAUGUAUUCUGCUCCAGUUGUUGUAAUCAGAAGGUUCCAGUUCCCAGCCAGCAGCUCUUUGAACCCAGUCGAGUAUGCAAGUCUUGCUAUAGCAGCCUACAUCCCACGAGCUCCAGCAUUGACCUUGAACUGGAUAAGCCCAUUGCUGCCACUUCAAACUGAAGCUACGUGACCUGGGGCAGGCAGAGGCCAAGCUGCUGUUCCUCUGACAGGCCCACGCAGCCUGGCAGACCGAGAGGCCCGUGCACUUUGGAAUGGGGGCUUGGAACCACCUGUGCAGAGUGACAGAAAUUUGGGAUGUACCACUGGAUUGUAGAUUGAUUUUUCUUUCCUGUUUUUUUUUUUUUUUAAUCUCCCCUUUCCAUGUUCCCCUGGUUGUCUUGAGGAAAAAAAAAAAAAAGGAAAAAAAAUUUAAUGGAAUACCAGAGAUUGCCAGGCCCCAUGUAACUAUAGAGCCGCCUGUUGUUAGGCGAUGCUGAGGGUUGGCUUGGUUUCUCAGGAUGGAAGGAGGCUGGUCAGAGUCAGGAGUGGAGGCCUGAGAUAAUGUAGGGGGAAGAGCCAGUGUUAACAUUUGUGACCAUUCUUCACGCCACAUCAGAGCUGGCUGGAAGCAUCUUCCCCUAAGAGCAUUACCCUGGGUGCCCUCUCCCCCCUGCAAGGGGCCAGUUCCACCUACAGACAGUUGAGAUUGGCUUUCGGGGGAAGGAAGGUGUUUGUUCUGAGGCAAGUGAGAGGGGAGGGGCUGGAGAUGGGUGGUCAGCGUGCUCUCCCCAUGGGGUUGUGUUUAGCUUGAUCUAUGGCUCCCUUCGCCAGGCUGUGUAGUGCUUCCCAUGCUUCCCACUCUCAGGCAUAAAAGUGCAGACUGGCCAGAGUGCUAUUGCUGUGGCCAAGGCCAAAGCCUGCCCUGAGCCCAGGCACCUGGUCCCCCAAACAAUCUCUUGUCCUUGGCUAGCACAGGGAGAUCCAGACUCAGGGUUCCCAAAAUUCCCCACUCCCAAAACCAACAAAUCAUGGACCUCCCCCUUAAGGGGUAGAAUCAGCCUUUUAGAGUUGAAGCCUCUGGAAAUGGGGCAUGUCCCAUACAAUCAGCCUUCCUCCUCCUGCCCUGCUCCUGUGCUGCUGGCGGCAGUGAGGGCCCACUAGGUGACUCUGCAGUCCUUAGAGAAGUGACACAGCCCGUAAGCAAUUCAGGGCACCUCCCCUCAGUAAGCUUUGAUGUGGUCCCCAAAGAGCCUUAAAUCAAGAAUAUUUGUGGUGGAGGUGGGUAUGGGGAAGGGGUGGAGAGUUUAGGUUUGUGCAUUGUAAUCUUGGUUGGCAUCCAUGCUUUGUGCCUGCCCUCCCUUUUGUGGGUAGGGCCAUGCUUGGGUCUGCUGAAGCUGCUAAGUGGUCACAAGGCGGAUUGUGGUGAGUGGUGGGGAUGAGACCAGGGAACUCUUCUGACGCUUUCUGGAAGCGGUUCCCUGUUCCAAGACAAGCUCUGUCUCAGGAAGGUGGCUCCUGUGUGUGCCUGGACAUGGUUAAGAUGGGGCCCAGAAGCCAUCCCUGAAGCAACCAAUCCAGGCAAAGCCAAGAGCACCUGAGCACGAGCCCGACUUCCCAGUGGCAGCAGGUUGCGGAGUUUGAAUUUCGUGAAACAGGGUGUUGUUCUCCACACUCUGUGUGGUCUUCCCGUGCAGAUAGGGAGAAGUCAGUCUAACUGAAGAUUGUGCAUUUCUUAGUGACAGGUGCCAAGAGGUUAUGAUACGGGUUUCUUGGGUCUGAUGUACAGUGUGAAUAAAUGCUUGCAGCUCUUAGCCCUUUUUUGAUCAAUGAAGCACUUUUUUAAUAUUUUCCUUUGUAUGUAAAGGAGGAGCCGUAACUCUCCGUAGCUGUACAUAUAACCCCUUUUUCCUAAAGAGGAGUCAGUCAGUGCUCCUAUAUUUUUCAUUUUUUGUCAAAGCAAGAAGUAAAUACUUUAGAACUGUUAAAUAUAUAAAUAAAGUGAAUAAAGUUUAGUGUUCCGCAUGGUA